UUCGUCGCGGGCCGUUCUCCAAAAACUGCACUUAUCUCUCGGGGCGGUCGUAUUUUUUGAAAAAAAGCAUCUAUAGAUCAGAGAACAAAACAAAAACUUACAUAUAUCGUCGCGUUCUCUCAGUUCGAUCGAGAUUUCACCGAAUACUGAACUAAAAAAGCCUCCCAAAGAAGGGAGGAAGUUUCGGGAGCCUAUUUAUCGCGUUUGUCCUUGAUUUGCGCUGUUAGCACGUGAUCGAUCAUUGUAUUUUUGAUCAAACCGAAGAAAAUUAAGUUUCGCCCGAGUCCCUUGGGUGAAGAAUUUUUUUCCGUAUUCGAGUUUCGAUCCCCCGAAACGCCCGCGAAUGUGAAAAUUGCUCGAGAUCUUUCGGACGAUCGCUUUAUACUCGAAUUAGUUUUCUCUGAAGAGGGUUGCCCGAGUGCGAAGAGGGUUGAUCUCGAAAAUCCUCGAAGCCAGGCCCCACAUGGGGUUCGACACCCUCGAGGCUCGAUCAAGGGUAUCUAAAGCUUCCAUACAAUUCCCUCCCUCGUCUCUUUCUCUCCUCCUCCACCCCCCCUGUUCCCUCUCCUUCUUUCUCUAGCUGUACGAAUUUUUUUCGGUAGAUCAAGGUCGUUGUUCGUUGAUCCAAGAGCUUCGCGACCGAAGCACGAACAAAAAGAGCCGCAGACUAUUCGGAGCGAAGUAAAAAAUUCCGAUUGGAAUUGAAAUUCGAAAAAACCACACGUGAAUUGAAUUUCUUAAAUUCCUAUUUCCAACCCUUUUCCUCUCGCUCCCCCUCUGCGAGCAUGCUUCAAGAGAAUCGUUGAGUCACAAAAGGCUCUAUAAUACCUUCAUUUGAAAAUCCAAUUGUCGUGAUUCGGUCGGUCGUAAAAAGUUUUACCGGUCGAACAAGUCCGCAAUGACGAACGCGAUAAAAAUUUCUACACACAUAUUCGAAGUGGAGGAAAAAACGGAGAUAAAAAAAAUCUAAUAAACAUUCCGCUUGGCUUUAUCGUUGGAGAGAUUCCAUAUGCAAAAUCGUAAUAAUAAAACAAAAUAAUAAAAUAAAAAAAAAAAAAACGUAUUACAUUGGUAUUACUUUGCUUGGUGCGUUCUUCGAUAAAAAGCUUCGAAUAUAAAUACACGACGACGCCGCGUGCUCCAAAGUGUAGGCGUGUGCUCAAACGUAUAAACGUGAACUCGAAUAUUCCCAUCGGUAUAUAAACGCAAUAGACACAACAUACGUCGAUCAGCCUGAAUGCACAGAUAUACAGUGCGUACAACAAUUAAAUCGAUAACUCGUAAGUGGAAUUGAAUCGAAAGCUUAAGUAAGGCAUGCCACUAUAGGAACUGCGAACGUUUCGUUGAACCAUCCGAUACUCUAUUGAUGACGCAAUUCGAUAGGAUUAAAUAAAACACUGCAUGGCCGGAAGUGUCUCGUUAAAGAAGCCAACGACGAUAACGUUCCAGUGUGAAAUGAAUUUUUUUUAGUCGAACUGUACGAGAAAUUUGAUAAACGAAACUGAAUAGCUGCGCACGAUUCGCUGCCUCGUUUGAUCAAUUUUUAUCGUUUUCAUUAGUGCGCUAUCAGGCUGUAAUUUGUUGAGAGAAUCGAAUAUACAUUUACUCGAGUACACGUCAAACUGCUCACGCCGGACUCAUCAAUUGAAGGAAAACGGUCGAAAUCGUUCUUCUCACAGAUGCUCCACGUUCACUUUUGCUUUACGAUCCGAGGCGCGCCGAUUCACGUGGUACGUUGUUUUUAUUUGCAAUGAUUUUUCAUUUAAAAUCGAUACACAAUGCCUGUAGAUGAUACACCGGGGUACGUACAAGGAAGAUUGGUACGCAGAGGGACCAGUUUGUUGAGAGAAGCGAGGAGAGAAAAGAAAGGAAUCAAGCAGACAGGCUGGUCGUAACGAGGAUCGAUUAAUCGAGAGACGGGUCCAGGAUCUCGCUGCUUAUAAGAGAAGCUCACGAUAAAAUCGAUAACAAUAAGUUGUUUGGGUUUGUUAUUAGCAACAGAAAAGUAAAGAAAAAUGAUCGAACACGUGCCUAAGAUCCUGCAAACAUUUCCACGCACUUUUUCAUCUUCUAAGAGGCUUGAACGAGAGCGAUAGGAAGUAAUAGAAUUCUUGACGAGGAAUUCAAAUUGAAAACUCCACUUCCAAAUGAUUUGGAAACUGGCGCGUAGCACGUUUCGUUUUAGCAUAAUCGAGUUUUCUCGUCGUAAAUUAUUCGGAGGGUUUUUUUAGUGGUUUUUUUUAGUGAGAAGAAAACUCGAUUUCCUGUCGACCUUUUCGUGGCUCUCAGUACGCCGAGUCGUAAGAUUUAAUCGUAAUCCCCUGUGCUAUUAUUUGCAGUGUCGAAGAUGAGUGAUAAAAAAGUAAAUACGAAAUAAUAAAAAGAAGAAAUAACAUCGGGCAGAUCUUGGAGAAGGAGGAUGAAAGGAAAAUGGAGGAAAAAUGGCAUCUGACUGUAUAACCAUUGCGUCCAAAAAAUAUAUGUAUAUGUACAGUGUCGGGAAAUUGCAAUGGUAGCGACAAGAACGAUCCGUUCGAUUCGACACGUCCAUAUAUAAAUUGCCGAACGUAAUUCUGGUGCGCGGAUUUGACGUUUUUUUUCUCUCUCUCUCUCUCUCUCGCUCUCGCUCUCGUUCUCCUCGCAGACUUCUUCAACGAGCAGAUUCGGGGUGUAAAACGUAUCCAGGAAUAAGAAAAAAGAGAGAGAAUAACGUUGAGCGCGGAAAAGAGACCGGGAUAAAACGAGUGGAACGAGUAAAAGUUUAUCAACGGGUGUUAAAAAAAAGUGAAGAAAAAGAAAGAAUGCAGCUGGAGCGUACGUGACGAACGGAGUCUACACGCUUCGUACCUGAGAGCGCUCUGAGGAGGAGAAUGGAGGAGCUCGAGACGCUGGAGCGCUUCGACUGCCCCGAGUGCCCAGACCCGCCACCUGAGUUUCGGCUGCCGCCCCCGCCACGACCGCCCUUUCUCACGGAGGGCACUUUCUGCCCCGAGACGAUCCCGGACCUCGAGGACUGCGGCGCUUUUCCGAUGAUCGAUCCGUCCUAUCACACGAAUCCAUCGCUCCAGAGCACCGCGCUAAUCAUCACCUGUGCCGUAGUAUUACUCUUAAUGGCGGCGAUAGUAUCCGUCGUCUUCUGGAAGCACAAACGAAAAGUACAGAAUAUAUUGCCUUGCAAGAGCGCAGCCGGAGCAGCAGCGACGGCCGGUCGAGUGCGCGUGUUGCCGGACGGUCCCCCGAUGGGUGGUUCAACGAUGAGCCCCGGUAGCGCAGUCCUUUACGAGGAUCUUCCCGAGACAGGAGGUCUGCCACAGUUACACAAUCAUCUCGGAAGCCACCAUCAUCACCAUCAGAUGACAGCGACGACGGGAUCGACCGGGCAGCCAACGAUCGAGAUGCUCGACGUAAAAGAGGGAGGACGAGGUGUUUUCGUGUGCAGCAGCCCUGGACCGGAUCCGUACACGUCGCAGGACCUCUACAACCCUGUGUACGAGGAACUGAGCAACGGCGAUCAUCCAGAGACGGACGAGGAGAGCGAGCUCAAUGCGAGAAAUCGACUUCACCAUCAUCAUCACUAUCAUCAUCACCGACUCUCGACGUCGAAGCCAGCGAGCGAGGACGAGUUUGCCGAAGACGAGCUCUCGGUUGGCGAACCUUCGGAAGCUAAAAUGCUCACGACGACGGGGCCAGGAUGGGGCACGUGCCCGGCCGCCUCGAGACCUCCCCGAGAGAGACGCGACAAGAGCCCCAGAAGCCUUGACCGACGCAGGAGGGACAAAACUCACGAUGUCGGUGAAUUUCACGAGGGAAUGCUCCGAGAUGCUCUCCUCCAACUUUACCCGAGUGUGGCAGGUGUUGCCGGUGUGAGAACGAUAACGAAUCAACGACAAAAGUCCGUCCCUUCGGUGGCUCACAGAUUGCCAUAUUUCGUGCCGCCGAUGCCUGCGGUGGUGCGACCGCGUCGUCACGAGGAGAAUCCCUACGAGAGUGUACCGGUGUUGGGCCCGCUGCAACAUUAUUCGAGUCAGAGCCGUGGCUCGACGAACAACAAGGAUAAAUCGCGAAAGUCGUCGAGCGAACGUUAUCCGAAGUACUCGCAAUACGGGCCAAGCGAAUACUAUGGAAUUCAUCAGGAACAGGAAAAUCCAGCAGCGGUGUACACCCAAGUCGGCGGUGAAUACUCGGACACGUAUUCGCAGCCCACCGACAGACUGUACAACGAGGAAAAAUAUGCACAACCGGUUUAUUACACGCCGCGCGAUCCCGAUCAAAUAUCGUCGGGAAGAUUGUAUCAGGGCCAGCCGGACAGCAGCUUUGGAAGUGACAGCGGUUAUAGUCAUCACACGAGUGGAACGACAGGUACAAAUGGCACGAGAGGAAGCAUACAAAGGAACAAUUAUCGCAAAGAGAACCACAGGAAUUCUCAUCACUCGCAACAUUCGACUGACUACAUAGUUUCCUAAAACGUCGUUUCAUUACGAAGAGAAAAAAUAUAAUAUUGGGGAGCGGACGUAGCAAUUUUUGUUUUUCUGCGAAAGAUCAGAGAGAGGGAGAAAACGGGGAAGAAAUGCGACGAAAAAAAAUUAUUUCUUCGGACUUGUGAUGAGAGAUUCGUUGCGGUCCAUCGGAGACGAUCGACCGAGUGGUCUCUUUUUUUUACUUAAUAGUGAGUUUUAGUGAUACGGGAGAGACUGUUUAACAAAUUAUAACGGUUCCGAAAAUCAGACUCGCGUCGAGGCGGACGCGGAAAAAAUCGCAUAGACGCUGUUAGAGAGCCCGAUUUUUCACCGACCUUUUGUUCCAACGCGUUCUCACCAAAGCGCUACAUUUUUGAUCCUAGAAAUAACGACUUUUGAAGAAACCGCGUGCGAGUCUGAGAGCUGUGUGUAUAAAAAGAUAAAACGGAGUUCAAACGAGAUAAAGUGCACUGCCAGCGACGCGUGCGUCCCACCGGAAACUCGACGAUUCCUUUCCGGUGCGAUGGGGAAGCUGAAGAUUUUUAAAAAUCCUCUAGUCUUGGGAUUGUUGCUGCGAAGCGUCGAUCUAAAAUACAACUAUUUCGAGCUAAACGAUAUUUCUACGUGAGCUCAUGAGUGCUGCCAUCUACCACCGCAUCUACUUCCGGUAGAUUUGAACAGCACGAAGCAGCAGCGAAGAAAAACCGGCUCAAAUGCAACUGGGAAAAAAUGGUAGUUCGUUAGAAUAAAUGACAAAAACAAAAGCUACAAACUUUUUAAUUAAACAACUAAUUUCGCAAUGAAAAAUUGUACAGACACCUGCCAUAUUUCGAUACUAUAAAUACACAAAUAUUCAAAGAAUAAUAGUAGAUAAUAAGAGCGAGAAAUGGGGCGUGAGGGAACGAGGCAAGCGUUUUUUGUGUAAAUAGUUCACGAAGUGAGACCAAGUUGAAGAAUUUUCUUUUAUAAUAUGUUUUCCCUCGCCGACUGUAGAGCUGUAACAUAUCGUUGUUGUAGAAACAUUGAAUUUUAAUAUAUAAACACUUUUCUUUUAUCAUAAAUUAUUGCAUCAGUAUUUCAUAGUUCGACAUUCGGGGGAGCUGAUCCUUUUUUUUAGUCAACAAGAAUCGAACCGCUGAAAGAGCCACUCGAGUUAUCAUGUAAUGAGACUCCCAUUCAAUCUUAUUUCGCAUCAUCGAUCAUCGAGUACUUAAAGAAGUCUGAAUUUCAAAUGAUUUAUAUAAAACACAAAAAAUUACAUUUUAUUUAUUGGCCUGUGUGACACCGACGUUAGCAACGUUUUUGCGACGAAGUUGGGCCAGAAUACUUGAUGAAUUGUCAAUAAAAAAUAUCACUCAACAUAAAUAUCUUUCAACAGUUUUUGCGUGUACUCGAGAUUGAUUAUAUUAUAAAGUAUCACCGCUUUCCCAACUGUUACUCGCCGACCUUUGUGCUCAUUUUUUGUUUUGUAACUUCACGAGUAUCAAAAUCAUUUCACGAUUCACGAAAUGCUACUCGAAAUGAAAAUUGUGCUUUUUUUCGUUCAUCAAGUACGACGCCGAUACCUCGCGAGCAAGUGGAUCAGUCUGUUGUAAAUAUGUUUUUGUAUUUAAAGAAGUGCGCGAUAAGAGAGCGAUUAAAAAUUAGAAAUGUAACUUAUUCAGCAAUGGAGGAAGUAUGUACUUGUAAUAUUAGAAGCGGAAGUAUGUGAAUGGAAUGAUCGUUCUGCCUUCCCGUCAGGCUAAAACCUGUCGGCUAAAACCUGAGCCAAUUCAUUUAUUAUGAUCAUUCAGAAAAUAAAAUGUGGAUUCACAUUUCUUUCCGGUUUUAUUCAAAACGAACACAGUUUUUUUUUUUAUAUUUUUGACGUAAAGUUUCUGCAACGAGAACGAUUUGAAUUUUCUCGACACUUCGAUGUUUUUCGGUUGAUGAAACUGAGGUGGCAAGCGUGACCGAAGGCAGAAUCGAUCGAGGUGAAAAGCCAUUGUACUUAUAGCGGAGAGCGAUUAAAUGUACGAUUCACGUAACUCUCGCGCGGUUGUAAGAACUAGUGAACGAAUACAGCAACAAAAAUCGACGAAAACAACAACAAAAACCAUAAAUAAAAAAUAAAUUCAUUGUGAAGCAAUGCAUACAAUCAAAGAGUGCAGGAAAAAAAAAUUUAAAAACUAAACGAAUAAAAGAAAACGUUUUUAAUCUAGAGUCACGGAGAUUUCGGAAAAUUCGUAGCACGCGAGCGUAGAGCGCGGGAAUUGACGAAUGCCGAAAGUACGCGAAACGCUUUUGUACCAUUUUUGCGUCCAUAUUAGUCAAAACGCGAGCACGAAAAUGUUAAAUGUGUUUUUUUUUCUUAGUUUUUUUUUUUGCAUAUCGUAGCUACGCUCUACCGUUCUAAGUUAUCUGAUUGUUUAAUUAUAAAUAUUAUUUGAAGGAGGAGCUUUGGACGCUGAAAAUUUGGGAUAAUUUCGGCGACUUGGCGAGCGAAUUUGUAAAUUGUUAUAUAUUGUAUCGAUAGCGCGUAGCGAGUUACAAACUUUAUUAUCAGUGGGUGUUGUACGAGAUUUCGCAUCGAAGCGAUUUCGCAAUCGUGUUGAUUUGACUAUUCGAAGUACCGAGGUUUUUUCCAGUCGACUCUCGGCGCGUAGGAAUCAUUGAAACUCGACAGUAUUCGCGAAAUCAACGAAAUAGAACAAAACCGAACAAGCCGCAAAUCGACGUGAGAAAACCUCGUUCAUUCUUCGUAGUCUUUUAUUAACGUUUCGUAAAACGAACGUUUUACGAUGAUGAAUUUACAUUCAUUUUCCUCUUCUUGUUUUAAUUUUAUUAUUUAUUGAAUCGAGCGAACGCUCGAAAUCUCGCGAAAUAUAUUUCUUAUUUAGCGCCAAUCUUUAGCUAUAGCCAACUGACACAAUAGGCAUUCGACACUUUAGAGUGUCUCGGAUAAACAAAGUAGCACUCUCGAAAGUUAGCUUGCACGGAAGUUCUUCCUCGUCUUCGCCCGGAACACAAAUUUCCUUCGAUAUUAUCUCGAAACAUUUCACUGUCUUUGUCGUAUUCGAAAUAAAUUACAAUUUCGAUGAAAAAUCGAUAAUUGUACGACAGAAUCAAUUUGGAAAAAUUUUUCAAAGUCAAAAAUCAUCGUGAAGACUAAUUUCCAUCGCUUUAUUUGACCUUUCUAUCAAAUUCAUCGGAAUUGUAUUAAAAAUUAUUGAAAAUUAUCGAAUCGGCUUCUCACAAUUGGGGAGAAAAAGCGUCAUUAAUAUUCGUUCAGGUUUUGCCAACGAUCAUUUACUUUUCGAGUCGAUUCGUCUAAUUCACUCUGAAUUUACAAAACUGUCAAUUGUAUCAGUUAAAAAAUUGAACGUUCAACGAGUUGAGACAUUGCCUUUCCGAUAGAAAUAAAAACGUGAUCAAACGACGGGGAGGAAGGACUCCAGCUCGCAGAACAGGGUAACUAGUUCUAAACAUCUAUCUUCUAGAUCACCUUUGACGAAAUAAACGAGGAGACAAAAAAAGGCGUUACGAAAAAUUGCAAAAAAUUGAGUGAGAGAGAGGGCGAACGAGCGAAAGAGUGAUAGAGAGAGAGAGAGUGAGAGAGAAAAGAAACCUCCGAAUCACGCUCGAUGUCGCCUAACGGUAUCACGGGUUCACUUUUAAUCACAAAAAUCGUCACCUUAAGCCUAACUCGAAAAAAAAAAACAACACACAGAGACACACACAUACACAUACACACUAUCACAACUUCGUACUAAUAAACGAUUUACUAUUCGAUUUCAA